UUGGCACCAUGGAGCGGCCAGUUGGAAAGGAUCUCGGCCCCGUGGAGAGCGCCGUUGACCAACUUCCCGCGGCGCCGGCUAAGGAGGACCCCAGCCCCACGAAGCCUCCACCAUCAAAGCAGCAGCACCCCGGGGCAGCGGGCGAGGCGCUAGCAGUUCUGAGCUCCUUCGGGCGGAGGCUGCUCGUGCUGGUGCCGGUGUAUCUGGCUGGGGCCCUGGGACUCAGCGUGGGCUUCGUGCUCUUCGGCCUAGCCCUCUACCUGGGCUGGCGCCGGGUCCGCGGAGAGAAAGAGCGGAGCCUGCGGGCAGCGCGGCAGCUGCUGGACAAUGAGGAGCAGCUCACCUCGCAGACCCUCUACCUGAGCCAUCGCGAGCUGCCCGCUUGGGUCAGCUUCCCUGAUGUGGAAAAGGUGGAAUGGUUGAACAAGAUUGUGGCCCAGGCCUGGCCUUUCCUGGGCCAAUAUAUGGAGAAGCUCUUGGCGGAAACGGUGGCCCCAGCUGUUCGGGCAUCCAAUACUCAUCUGCAGACUUUCACGUUUACUCGGGUAGAACUAGGAGAAAAGCCUUUACGAAUCCUAGGAGUCAAGGUUCACACUGGUCAGAACAAACAGCAGAUCCUGCUGGACCUUAAUGUCAGCUAUGUGGGUGAUGUGCAGAUUGAUGUGGAAGUGAAGAAAUAUUUUUGCAAAGCUGGAGUCAAGGGUAUGCAGCUACAUGGCAUCUUAAGGGUGAUCCUUGAACCACUUAUGGGAGACCUUCCUAUCGUUGGGGCUGUUUCCAUGUUCUUCAUCCGCCGCCCGACUUUGGACAUCAAUUGGACAGGGAUGACCAACCUGCUGGAUAUCCCAGGCCUUAGCUCUCUGUCCGACACAGUGAUCAUGGACUCCAUCGCUGCUUUCCUCGUCCUGCCCAAUCGCCUGCUGGUGCCUCUUGUGCCAGACUUGCAGGAUGUGGCCCAGCUUCGAUCUCCCCUCCCUCGGGGUAUUGUCCGGAUUCACUUGCUUGCUGCCCGGGCACUGAGCUCCAAGGACACCUAUGUGCCAGGUCUGAUGAAAGGCAAGUCAGACCCAUACGCCAUAGUGCGCGUAGGGACCCAAGUGUUCUGCAGCCGAGUCAUUAACGAAGACCUCAACCCCCAGUGGGGAGAGACCUAUGAGGUGAUGGUACAUGAGGUCCCAGGACAGGAGGUAGAAGUGGAAAUAUUUGACAAGGAUCCGGACAAAGAUGACUUUCUAGGCAGACUGAAGCUGGACCUGGGGAAGGUGCUAGAGGCUCAAGUGUUGGAUAAUUGGUUCCCCCUACAAGGCGGCCAGGGCCAAGUUCACCUUCGGCUCGAGUGGCUGUCGCUGUUGCCGGAUGCUGACAAGCUAGAGCAGGUACUGCAGUGGAACAGAGGUAUCUCUUCUCGACCAGAACCUCCUUCGGCUGCCAUCUUGGUCGUCUACUUGGACAGGGCUCAGGAUCUGCCACUCUCUGCUCCUUCCCAGCUGAAGAAGGGGAACAAGGAACCCAACCCAAUGGUGCAGUUCUCUGUGCAGGAUGUGACUCGAGAGAGCAAGGCUGCCUACAACACCAACUCCCCGGUAUGGGAAGAAGCCUUCCGGUUCUUCCUGCAGGACCCGAGAAGCCAAGAGCUUGACGCGCAGGUGAAGGAUGACUCAAGGGCCCUGACAUUAGGAGCCCUGACCCUGCCCCUGGCCCGCCUGCUCACUGCUCCUGACCUCACUCUGGACCAGUGGUUCCAGCUCUCUAGUUCUGGCCCGAACUCCCGACUCUACAUGAAGCUGGUUCUGAGGAUUCUUUAUUCAGACACAUCACACCUACACUUCCCCACCAUGCCAAGCUCUCCUGGCCUCCUGGACACAGCCAGUGAGAGCAUCCAGAUGGGCAGCAGUGUGGACAUCCCACCCCGGCCAAGCCACUGCACUCCAGACGGCCACUUUGGGACGGAGAGUGUUCUGCGAAUCCACGUGUUAGAAGCCCAGGACUUGAUCGCCAAAGACCGCUUCUUGGGAGGGCUGGUGAAAGGCAAGUCAGACCCCUACGUGAAGCUUCGGGUGGCAGGACGGAGCUUCCGGAGCCGCGUGGUACGAGAGGAGCUCAACCCUCGCUGGAACGAGGUCUUUGAGGUGAUUGUCACAGCGAUUCCGGGCCAGGAGCUGGAGGUGGAUGUCUUUGACAAGGACCUGGACAAGGAUGACUUCCUGGGCCGGUGUAAAGUCAGCCUCAGCAGGGUCCUCAGCAGUGGCUUCAUUGAUGAGUGGUUGUCCCUGGAGGACGUACCGUCUGGCCGCCUGCACCUGCGCCUGGAGCGUCUGACCCCCCGGCCCACUGCCACAGAGCUGGAGGAGGUGCUGCAGGUGAAUAGUCUUAUCCAGACCCAGAAGAGUGCAGAACUGGCAGCUGCCCUUCUGUCUGUCUACCUAGAGCGGGCUGAAGAUCUGCCGCUCCGAAAGGGCACCAAGCCCCCAAACCCAUAUGCCAGCCUCACUGUCGGGGACACCUCUUACAAGAGCAAGACUUGCCCCCAAACCGCAGCCCCGAUAUGGGAUGAGAGUUUCUCCUUCCUCAUCAGAAAGCCAAACAUUGAGAGCUUGGAGCUUCAGGUACGGGGAGAGGGGACUGGUACUCUGGGCUCAGUCUCCUUGCAACUCUCCGAGCUCCUCAUCGCUGACCAACUGUGCCUGGAUCGAUGGUUUCCCCUUAGCAAUGGGCAGGGGCAAGUGCUACUCAGAGCACAGCUGGGGAUUCUUGUGUCCCAGCACUCAGGGGUGGAAGCCCACAGCCACAGUCCUUCUCCCCUGAUGGAGGAGACAGAGCCAUGGGGGACGCCACCCCUUAUCUCCUCCUCAGCCCCUGAACUCCGACAACGCCUGCCACGCAGUGAUAGCCCAUCUGAAGCUCCAGCUGGGCCUUUAGGCCAAGUGAAGUUGACAGUUUGGUAUUACAGUGAGGAGCGCAAGCUAGUUAGCAUUGUCCACAGCUGUCGGAGCUUGCGGCAAAGUAGCCGGGAUCCCCCUGACCCCUAUGUGUCACUGCUGUUGCUACCAGACAAAAACCGGGGCUCCAAGAGAAAGACCUCCCAAAAGAAGAGAACUCUGAACCCUGAAUUCAGUGAGAGGUUUGAGUGGGAAUUGCCCCUGGAUGAAGCCCUUCGACGGAAGCUGGAUGUCUCCGUGAAGUCCAAUAGCUCCUUUAUGUCAAGGGAUCGUGAACUGUUGGGGAAGGUGCAGCUUGACCUCGCUGAGAUGGACCUGUCCCAGGGUGCUGCUCAAUGGUAUGACCUCACGGAGGACAAGGACAGGAGCAGCUCCUAGGAGCCAGGAGCUGACCAGCCCCAAGACGUGCCCCUGACCCUUGCCUGACUCACUGCAUCACCACCCCAAUGUGAAGAGCCUAGAGCUGGGGGCUGAGGCUGAGCCCCCCCUUCCCCAUCACCCCCCCCCCCCCGGCCCCGGGCUGAGGGCCGUUGCCUGACCAAAGAGAAGGACCAUGUUCCCCUCCUGCACACGCCAUCCCCUGCACGGCCUGACCUCCUUUUGGGCUCUUGGGGCAGGUACCUGAGCUGGCUGCUCCCCACACCUCACCCUGGGCCACAGCCACCUCCCGGCCUCCCUGGGGACCGUGUGCCUGUGCCUGGCCGCUGGCCACACAUGCCAAGGUAUUAGCUUAUGCCAAAUUCUGCUUUUCUCAAAAGACCUCUGUUUUUAUUUAACUGCCUUGUGGCUGCCUUCCCUGCCGCAGGCGGGGGCCGAGGAGGUGGCAGGCCUCCCCCCAGGACUGCUGCAUGUGGGGGGUGCCGGGGCCGACCUCCGUGGGGCGGCCGAGGACUCGGGUCCCAGGCGGGCGAGGUGGCCGGCGAGGGUGGGCCAGUCUGCUGCCCCCCACGGGCUGCUUGGUUUUGUUUUCUUUAAAGUGCCUGAGCUUUGACGGCGUGGCCAGAGCGGCUUCUGGUCCUUUUAUUUGCAUCGAUUCUGCCUGUCUACUGUAUUCUCUUAUAUUAAAAUGCUGAGAAUGUCA